AGCCAGAGCACUAAUACUGGGGCGGAGAGACUCACGAUAAGCCUCUGGUUGACCUUGCUUUCCCUAGCUGACAGACCCAUACACCGUUCACAAAAAAACAUGACAACCUCUUUACCUGCGAUGCCUGCAUUACCCAGCUCGGGAUUCCGCUUUUCUAAAGACCAGUUGGUGGUUGCAGUGCCUGUUGCAGUGAUUGCAGCUUUGGGAGGUUUCCUGGCCAACCAUUACUUGAGCGGGCCGAGCUGUAAAAAAGGCCAGGUGAACUCAUCAGUCAGUAAAGACAGUCCCAAAGUGGUCCACAGCUUCGACAUGGAGGACAUUGGCACCAAAGCUGUGUACUGCCGCUGCUGGAAGUCAAAGAAGUUCCCUUACUGUGAUGGAGCCCAUGCCAAACACAACGAGGAAACCGGGGACAACGUUGGACCACUCAUCAUCAAAAAGAGGGAUGCUUAAUCCAAUAGCUCAACCCCAUGCCCCCUAACCCCCCACCCAUGUACCGGCCAGAGUUUGUUCAAUCAUUAUCGUUACAGCAUCACAAUGACAGUUAGAGUGUGAUUCUUCAAAGUUAAAUAAAUCCUUCACAGUAAUACUCAGUGUUUAAACUUCUAAAACAUUCAGAUUGUAUUGAUUCCAAACGAAUCCAGUAUGAACGGUAAGACUUAACAAUCAAAGGUCAUCGAGAAGAGAUAAGGGGACAAUCAGAAAAGCUCAGACAUAGAAGAACCUAAACGGAAAAACGACAUUUUGAGCGUCUAAAUGUGUAGAGGUUGAUCAAGAAAUACUCUCUGGGCCUUACGUCAUUGAAAUAUUUCACCAUGCAGGCGACCUUCUGGUCUCCGUUAGUUUUUGAGUAGGUUGUUGAACGCCAUAAACAGCAGCUCUUUGCCUCACCUUGCUCAGCAUAUCCUCUUCCAUUCAGCAAAGGCCUUAUUUUGAAACUUCAGCACUUAUCUUGCCAUGGUAGUUGGUCUUCCCAAUGUAACAGUGUUCUGGCUUAAGAUGACAUAACUUGCCCAUCCUUUUCUAAAAACAAGGCAAUCAAAAGCUCGUAUGAAGUAAAAGUCUCCUCAUCACUGCAUUCACAUCGAUUCAGGCAAACAGCAGAUCAACUCCAUCUUCUGUACCUGACGCAGGAGAGAAACAUUUAGUCCACCUGAGCAGCAGGAUGGCCGGGUUUAGCUCAUCGUUGUCAUCACAGGUUUUAAUUGUAGAUUUGGUUGUGGAGGAUGUAACGUUGUCUACAAUGAUUGUUGCCAGUAUUCUUUUGGCCCUUUAACUCACACACUGCACUCCUCAACAUGUGCAGCCAUUACCUGGAUGUAUGUCUUAAAUCAGCCGAUAAGACAUCGAGCCCCCUAAGAAUAAAGUAGUGUCUGGAUGAUGUGUAAUAGAGCAGAUACUUAACAAGUACAUUCAAAUCAUGCCAGUGGGCGUGUUAACGGUGUCUUUGGCAUCGCAGGUAGUAAGUUGUUUUAAACUGGUUUCUGCUUGUUUGCAUAUUUCUUUGCACUCUUUCAUUGAUCCUGCAGUUCAGUCUAAAUACUUAUCUUAGUGAAAUCAAUGGAAAACGGUCAAUGGUCACACAAGUUCCUGCAUGCUCUAUCCAGGCCCCCCCCCCCUUACCAAAAUGUAGAAGUUCCAGUUGUUGUCUAUUUGUUUGAAACAGACAAUCUCCUGCUGUCGUCGACUACAUCUCUGAUUCUCAGGAGGCUGUCAGAGGUUCAUAUACACAUCCUGCUUUUUUCUAGCUUGACACAUUUCUGAUGUCCUGCCCUCUUCCACUACGAUGAUAUCUUGAUUGCUUUCAACUACGGCUUGAAUUCAUGUGAAUGCAGCGUAAACUCUACGUCAUGAAUUAUGAAGAUGAAUCUUUAAAACCAGUGUUGUCACAGGUUAAAUGAUCGGUGUAAAAUGUUCUCACCGUGGCUUCCCUACCUCGAGCUCAGAGCGUAUACAUCAUUAUAAAACCCAUGUGAAUGUUACACAUUUUGAUUUUUGCACAAAGAGCUGCUUGGUCGGAUUAAAGAACAGUCAUAUUUGUCUUAAAUUGAAUACAAUAAUCUGUCCAAACAGUCAGCUGUGUGUAACCACUUACAGUUUGCCUUGUGGAAACUUGUAUUUAAUCUGUCAACUGAUCAAAGACUCUGCUGAUAAUGGAUAUAUUUUUGCUUGCUCAUUGGAUUUAUUUUCGAAUGGCUUUGGUGUGUCUGACAUGAUUAAUUUUUCUGUAUAAUGUAAAUAAACGUAUUGUAGCGUUA